CUGGCCGGUCGCCUACUUUCCUCAGGUGAUCCUGGCCACAGCCUAUUUCCUGCGGCCGCCGGCGCACUUUAGUUGCAGUCCUCGAAGCGUCCCAGAGUCCCUCCGGAGCGGCAGAGGCGGGUCCAUGGAGAAAGGUCCGGUGCGGGCGCCGGCGAAGCCGCGGGGCGCCAGGUGCAGUAAUGGGUUCCCCCAGGGGGAGCCGCCGCGACCCGGACCGAGCGGGCUGGCCGAGAAGCCGCCGCGGCCGGAGACCAAGACCGUCCAGCCGGCGGACGGCUGGAAGGGCGAAAGGCCCCGCAGCGAGGAGGAUAAUGAGCUGAACCUCCCCAACCUGGCGGCCGCCUACUCGUCUAUCCUGCGCUCGCUAGGCGAGGACCCCCAGCGGCAGGGACUGCUCAAGACGCCGUGGAGGGCGGCCACAGCCAUGCAGUUCUUCACCAAGGGCUACCAGGAGACCAUCUCAGAUGUCCUAAAUGAUGCUAUAUUUGAUGAAGAUCAUGAUGAGAUGGUGAUUGUGAAGGACAUAGAUAUGUUUUCCAUGUGUGAGCAUCAUCUAGUUCCAUUUGUUGGAAAGGUUCACAUUGGUUACCUUCCUAACAAGCAAGUCCUUGGCCUCAGCAAACUUGCAAGGAUUGUAGAAAUCUAUAGUAGACGAUUACAAGUUCAAGAGCGGCUGACGAAACAAAUUGCCGUAGCAAUCACAGAAGCCUUGCAGCCUGCUGGAGUUGGGGUGGUGGUUGAAGCAACACACAUGUGUAUGGUAAUGCGAGGGGUACAGAAAAUGAACAGCAAAACUGUGACCAGCACGAUGUUGGGUGUGUUCCGGGAAGACCCAAAGACUCGGGAAGAGUUUCUAACUCUCAUUAAGAGCUGAACUUCAGUGUGUGUCAUGUGCUUUGAGGAUCGUGUCACUAAUAGCGUUGUUUGGUCUUAAUUGUUUGUACAUUCCAUUUUCAAUUGUUACAGAUGUGAACUUUAAUCCUUGUCACUAAUGGUGUUUAAUAAUUAUUUAUAGCAAAUCAAAUAAAAAUAAUUAACAAAGGGGUGAGCCCUCUACUUUCUUCUUGCCACCUUUUAGUGGUAACUUUCAAGGAAACUGCCCAUAGUGUAAGUUGCAUGCACAAAACCACUGCCAUUUGGAUAACCUUGAGGGUGCUGGGAAGGAAGAAAAAUACAAGUAUUUUGUUCAAAUACUAUGGUAAUUGGGUUCAUAAGCAUAGGAAUGUUGGGAAUGGGGGAAAACUAUGGCCAAUAUACUAUCCCCCCAAAUGGUGUAGUGCUUAAAAUAAUUUUUGUACACUGUGCAGCAUCGCUCUGCAAACUCAAAGUCCAACAGGUUUCACUUUAAUCACAUUUAUUAAAUUGCCAGGG